AUGGCCGGGAAUAGGAGGAAGCCAGGCUACUUGCCGCCUGAUUUCAAACCCAAAUCUAACUCCAGCGCUGAAGACGGCGAAAGUGAACGGGCAGCCUUCGAAGAGGAUCAACAGUCCGAGGAACUUGAAACAGCAGCAAAAGGAAAAGGAAAGGCUCCCUCCGAGGAUGGACCCGAAGGCGCUCCCUCUCAUGCUGGUGCCGUCUCGGAGGAAGCCUCAAUUGCUCUUGGGGCUUUGAGCCUGGACGAGAAUGCCCGUGGUCUCAUUCACACCUGGGCCAAUGACCCGAGCCGUGAUGCGGAAUUUCUUGCAGAGCAUCGUGACUUGUUCGAUGUACAGGACUUUUGCUUUCUGCUCGAAGCGGUCAAAUUCCAACUGGAGGGUAAGUUCCAGCUUCGGAAUGCUUGUGGCAGGCUUUACCUCUUGGCAAGACAGCACAAUAGCCUCAGCGAGGAGGAACAUGAGGACUUCUUUGAGGCUCUGAUGGACGAAGAUCAAGGAAACCACGACAAUGGGACUUUUCAGGAACUUAUGGACCAAGUGGAACGAACUGUAAGACGUUCAGGCAGGAGAGCACAAAUGAGAGACGACAGAUCCACAGCUUUUUCCGUGGAGCGUCUCAUUCUAUCGCCCACUCGCAGCCAUCAUCGUCGCCAGAGCGCUCACAAUCCGUCUCUUCCCAGCGUGGAUGAGGCACGGUCUGGAGAUUCGAUCUCUACAUUCAUGACCCCACUGCAACAGGGGUACUACGUGAAAGAUGCCAGAUGGUUCAGCUUCGGUCGUGUUUUCAUCAUGCUUUGGCAUGAGAACGCUACAUCUGGUAACGAAUACUUGAAGAGCGUGGGAAGUACGAGCUCCGGCAUGCACCGGUCCGAGGUCUUCAGCCACAUCCGUCGCUUUGCUGUCGUCAGGGAAUGUCACGGGUUCUGCUGGGCGGUACCGAUCAACACAUAUCGAGGCCUGGGAGUGACGAGGCCGGGUUUCAAUGCGGCAGAUGUGCAGGCGCAUGCGAUCAUCCACAUGGACGGAAGUAAGCCCAUAUCGCUGCCCGGGGAACCACGGAUGCAGAAAAUGCCAAUCGUGGUCGACAAGGCAGGAGAAGACAAGAAGCUCGAUCCGGCCAGUCGCAUCCGCUUCGACAAAGUCUUCAGUAUCGAGUACAAUGUCAAGGUGAAGAACGUGGGCAAGAUCAGCCAGAAGUCGAUGUCCUAUUUCCGCCGGUAUUGGCAAGCCGAAGCCAACAAGGCGUUGCAGGAAAUGGCUGCUGGCCGAGUUGUAUCUGCUCCACAAUGAAGAGACAAGGCCACACGGCAUUAUUAUACGUUCAUGUUGCGGAUGCUUGCUUGGCUUCCUCGGCAUUCAAACGAUGUCGCGCAAGAUGCGGCUGUCUUGUACUCAGGCAGAGUUCAUCGUUUCGAGACACUGGCAGACGUCCUUUUCAUUGCUGGGUGAGCUCAUGAUUGAUCGGUUGUCCUCGGCCAUGCUGAGAGUGACACCCAUGGGGUCCUACGGUCACUGUACUCCAGGAAGACCUGGAUUGAAGGCGAGGUUGAAUCAAAGUUGUGUGGCAUUGCUUUGGGUAUAGUGGUUGCCUUCUUGUCCUGUUUACAGCUUGGUGCGGGAUGCAAUCGAGUAUUUAUUCUUGGCUGUGACAUUUCAAAUGUCGACAUGCAGUUGGCAAGCUAAAUUGGUCGCCG